GACGUGCGCAACACGACUUCGCCGUUUGACAGCUCGAUCGUGGUGCGUGCGUCCGCUCGCGUUGAACGCGUUCUCUCUUUUCACCACGUUCCCCGUUCCGUUAGUUCGCGGGCUCCGCGUUCAGUCACGGUGAUAAGGCGUGAACGUGCAGCUAACAAACGGUUGGCGAGAAUUUCAUCUUCCCGAAGCUGUCAGUCCACCGGUGACCAUGUCGGCGACGACGCGACGCGCUUCGACUCGCCGGCACUCGCGCUGGUGCCCGGUCGCGGCGAAUCGACAUCAGUUGUGAUGUGCCUGAAAGAGGACGCGGCUACGUCGACGUGCGUGGAAAUGACAUUCGUGCGUCUCUCGUGGGGUUCUUACAGUUAAGAACACCGCGUUACAAUAUUGAAAGAGAAGGGAGAGAGGGGAAGUGGGAGGACGAAGGCGGGAGAAAGAAAAAGAGAGGGAAGGAGAGAGAGAAAGAAAGAGACAGAGAGCGAGCGAGCAAGCAAGCAAGCAAGCAAGCAAGCACGAGAGGGAAUACAGUAGAACGUUCUUCCUUCCGUUCACGGCGGUCGGCGAGACCGCGCGAAAGAAACGAAAGACGGCCGGCCGAUCGAUGUGUUAUUUGUGAUGGGAGUGCCUGCGCGGGGAGCACUCGCGGCGAUCGUGGCGGUAACCGCGCUCGCCGUGUACCUCAAUAGCCUCGGUUGCGGCUUCGUCUUCGAUGACAUCUCUGCGAUCAAGGAUAACCGUGACCUGAGGCCACACACGCCCCUCAAGAAUGUCUUCUAUAACGACUUCUGGGGCACCCCGAUGCAUAAGGAACAAUCGCACAAAUCUUAUAGACCUCUUUGUGUACUCACAUUCCGAUGGAAUUACCUGAUUCAUCAGCUGGAUCCUAUGGGAUAUCACCUGCUUAAUGUUAUUCUACAUGUUGGAGUAUGUCUAUUAUACUUCAGAAUCUGUUUGAUGUUUCUACCAGAUGCAGCGAGUUUUGUGUCAUCAUUAUUCUUUGCUGUACAUCCUAUACAUACGGAAGCAGUCACAGGUGUAGUCGGUAGAGCAGAGACUUUGUCCUCUUUGUUUUACCUGGCAGCUUUAAUCACGUACACUAAAUGUUGCAGAAGCAAAAGAUCUACAGGGUGGAAAUACUUGAUAUUGUCUAUGUUUUUUGUAUUUACCGCAAUGUUGUGCAAGGAGCAAGGGAUUACAGCCACUGCAGUUUGUGUACUGUACGAAAUUUUUGUUGUACAGAAGGUUAGAGCAAGGGAUAUUUUCUUAGCGUUAAAGUCAGCUUUUGGUGGUAAUAAAAUUUCACCUGCAUGGUCAGGCGAAGGUACAAAACGUUUGACCGCCCUUACACUUGUUACAUUUAGCCUGCUUAUCCUACGGUUACAUAUAAUGGGCUCAAAGUUACCUGUAUUUACCAGAUUCGACAAUCCUGCAUCAGUUGCUGCAAUGCCAACCAGACAGCUUACAUAUAAUUAUCUCGCUGCAGUGAAUCUAAGACUGCUAUUUCUUCCAAGUGAUUUAUGCUGUGAUUGGACAAUGGGAACGAUACCGUUAGUAGAAAGCUUCACCGAUGUCCGCAACCUUGCGACCCUAGCCACUCAUGGAACUGUACUAGGAUUGCUUGUGACAGCCGUUGUGACACGUAGCAGACAGACGUCGGUCAUUCUCAUUAUGAGUUCGGCUAUGAUGAUACUCCCUUUUCUACCUGCGUCGAACCUUUUCUUCCCGGUCGGAUUUGUAAUUGCUGAGAGAGUGUUGUAUGCACCUUCCAUGGGGUUUUGCAUGCUUAUUGGAUAUGGAUGGAGCAUUUUGGCGGACAAGAGGUGCAAGAAAUUGGUGCUAGUUUUACUCGUGACACUUUUGGCUGCGCACACGACGAAAACGUUCGUCAGAAAUUACGACUGGUUAGACGAAUAUUCGAUAUUCAUGUCGGGCUUGAAGGUGAACGACAGAAAUGCCAAAUUAUUUAAUAACGUGGGCCAUGCGUUAGAGAGCCAAGGCCGAUUUAAGGAGGCAUUGAAUUUUUUCAACAUGGCUGUACAAGUUCAGGGUGAUGAUAUCGGUGCGCACAUUAAUGUUGGACGUACUUAUAAUCAUCUUAAAAUGUUCAAAGAAGCCGAAGAUGCGUAUCUGAAGGCCAAGUCGUUAUUACCAAAAGCAAAACCAGGAGAAUCUUAUCAAGCACGUAUAGCACCGAACCAUUUAAAUGUGUUUGUUAAUUUGGCUAAUUUGAUAGCUAAAAACGCAACUAGGUUAGAAGAAGCAGAUUUGUUAUACAGACAAGCGAUCAGUAUGCGUGCUGAUUAUACACAAGCGUAUAUUAAUCGUGGCGAUGUUUUAAUUAAGCUUAAUCGUACGAAGGAAGCUCAGGAGGUUUAUGAGCGGGCACUGUUUUACGACAGUAAUAAUCCUGAUAUAUAUUAUAAUCUUGGUGUUGUAUUCUUGGAACAAGGGAAAGCGUCUCAAGCCUUGGCAUAUUUGGAUAAAGCUUUAGAGUUUGAUCCGGAGCACGAACAAGCGUUACUGAAUUCCGCUAUACUACUUCAAGAGUUGGGACGGGCGGAAUUACGUAAGGUAGCUAGAGAGAGACUUCUGAAGCUUUUGCGAAAGGAUUCCAAUAACGAGCGUGUACAUUUUAAUUUGGGAAUGUUAGCGAUGGAUGACCACGACAGCGGUAGCGCGGAACGUUGGUUCCGCAACGCCGUGGCGCUGAAGGAAGACUUUCGCUCUGCCUUAUUCAAUCUCGCGUUAUUGUUGGCGGACGAGCAACGUCCGCUUGAAGCGGCACCAUUUUUAAACCAAUUGGUCAGGUUCCAUCCCGACCACGUGAAAGGCCUAAUACUUUUGGGAGACAUUUAUAUCAACAACAUAAAGGACCUGGACGCUGCGGAAAGUUGUUACCGUAGAAUAUUACAGUUGGAUCCCACAAACAUACAAGGAUUGCACAAUUUGUGCGUUGUAAUGGUGGAGCGUGGUAAAUUGGGCUUAGCGGCGCAGUGUCUGGAACGCGCUGCCGCUCUGGCGCCACAGCAGGACUACGUGCAGAGGCAUCUCUCGAUCGUGAGAACACGCAUUAGCCGCCUGCCGCCGGAUCAACGCGACACCGACGUCUUUGACGAUUCGUUUUGGAACGGCAACGUGAGGGACAGAAACUUUAAUAACGAGCCGACGAAUGGAAAGUUCUUAGGAAAGACGGAUUCCGUUUUCGCGAAUCACGCGGUCCAUCAAAGCCUGCCCGAGCGGUGAGCGGUGUCGGUAUGGAAACGAAGGACGGACAGCGUCCCGAGCAAACGGUCCCCGGGUUGACUAAUAUCGUGGAACCUACCACGGACAGGGUUUUCGAUAGGAUUAUAAGCGCUGACGUAACGAAACUAGAUAUCACACAGAAACACGGCU